GUACGCUCCAAGCUCUGUUUCUUCUCUUCUUGAUUUCUGGGUUCGCCGGCCAGCCAUGGGGAACCGUCACGGCAUAAUGAGGCCCCGGCGGCUAAAGAGCGCGCGGGCGACGGGGGAGGAGGGGCAUGAGCUGGGGUCGUACGAGGCGGCGUGCAGCGCGGACCCGGAGCUGCGGAGCUUCGACGCGGCGCUGCGGCGGCGCGCGAGCCUCGCCGUGUCGGCGGCGGCGUCCGGGGUGGAGGUGCGGUCCAUGUCCCUGGGCUCCCUCCGCGAGGUCACCGGCUGCCUGGUGGAGAUGAACCAGGAGGUGGUCCGCGUCGUCCUCGCCAGCAAGCACGACGUGUGGGGGUGCCCCGAGCUGUUCGCGCUCGUGGAGGACUACUUCGACGCCAGCCUCCACACCCUCGACUUCCUCGCCGUGCUCGACAAGGCCCUCCGCCGCGCCCGCGACUCGCAGCUCGUCCUGCACCUCGCGCUCCAGGUCCAGGACCCGGCCGUCGGGCACGCGCGCGCGCUCGGCGCGCUGCGGCGGUUCAAGGAGGCGGCCGGCGAGCCGUUCACGGACGAGUUCUUCGCCGCGUUCCAGGCGGCGUACCGGCAGCAGCUGGGCAUGCUGGACAGGCUGCGGCGGCAGAAGCGGAGGCUGGACGGUCGCCUCCGGUCGCUCCGCGUAUGGCGCCGCGUGGCCGGCGUCGUCUUCGCGACCACCUUCGCGGCGAUCCUCGUCUGCUCCGUGGUGGCCGCGGCCAUCGCCGCUCCGCCCGUCGCGGCCGCGCUGGCGGCCGCGGCGUCGCUGCCCGUGGGCUCCGCCGGGAAGUGGGUGGACGCGAUGAUGAAGCGGUACCGGGACGCGCUCCGGGGGCACAAGGAUGUGGUGAGCGCAAUGCAGGUCGGCACGUUCGUGGCCAUCGAGGACCUGGACAGCAUACGCGCGCUCGUUGGCCGGCUCGAGGUCCAGAUCGGCUCCAUGGUGGGCUGCGCAGAGCUGGCGGAGCGCGACGAGGGUGCCCUGAGGUUGGCGGUGGAGGAGGUGAAGAGGAAGCUGGAGGCGUUCAUGAAGAGCGUGGAUGACCUCGGCCAGCAGGCGGACAAAUGUAGCCGGGACAUCCGGCAAGCCAGGACCGUCGUGCUGCAGAGGAUCAUUCAUCACCAUUAAUAACUGCUCAAACACACGGAGUAGCCUAGUGCUCAGAGAUCACAUGUGUGAUUCGUCAUUCAUUUCAUUAACAUUAUAAUUUAA